UUAGCAGCACCGUAUACGAUCAAAAACAAGAAACGCAUUGGAUUCCGUUUUGGCAUCGAAACAUGUCAUUCUUCGGCUUUUCAAACCCCUCGGCCACGAACAAACCCUUCCUCGACGUACCCCCCGCGCCGUCUCGCAAGGCGAGCGAGAGGCUGAUGAAGCCGGCUGCACGCGUCGAAAUGGACGACUUCCUCUCGUCUGAGGCGGACGACCUCGAGCUCUCUUUCGCGUCGACCAUGUCGCUCAACUCGCCGCCUCGCGACACGCUCGACCUUGCGCCGGAAAGCGAGCGCGACAAUCAUCCGGACUACGCGCCUAUGGACAUUUCGCCCGCGCCCCCGACGCGCGUCGACAAACAACGUCCCUUCAUGGGUCGCCCACGCGCCAUGACGAGCAACGCGAGGCUCUUCGGUCGGGACAUGAGCAAUAACUCGGGUGGGAACGGUUCGGUGACGAGUCUGCAGUCCGUCGCGAAGUCGACUGGGACGAACGGGGCGAGCAAACGGCUCCAACGAGCUGCUCUGCCGUUCGAAUGGAUGGCGACGGGUGGUCAGGACGCGAACGUCGCGUCAGAGCCUCAGAACAUUCCAUCCUCCCCUGCGGCAUCCGACGCGAUGGACGUCGACUCUUCAUUUGUCUACGUUCCGUCGUCGUCGGUGCCCAGCGAUGGUCCGCUCUCCGCCGUGCCGACGAUCACCGCAUUCGACGUCAACAACAACCCGCUCGCGGUCCCGACGUCCGCUGCGCCGACAAUUAGUACGUUCGAGGAUUACUUUGCGCAGGUGCGCGCAUGCGACUUCGAUGGCUUCGCGGCGCCGGGUGACACCUCCCCCGGGACGCCUGUCGAGAGCCCUUCCCUGCCCUCCCAAGAAGCGUCGUUCGUCUUCGCCGAUGCGCGGGUCGGCGCGUCUCGCCCACCACAUACUCGAGCAGGAGGCCGCCAUGGAGUCGUCGCCCGCGCCGUCGUCCCCGAUGGUGCACAAGCUGAACCGCAUGCCCAGCAUCCAGGCGCUCAGAAACCAUGA